CCAAGACUGUCGCAGAACACGCCCGGGAACGACUCAUGAAGUCAAGAAGAUGGAGCGGCUCAGCAAAUGGCGAGAUGCUGGGACAGGCAUUGCGCCGUUUGUAGGAGCUCUCGCGCCCGGCAGCGAUGACGCACAAGCAAGCGUGUUGCUACGUCCUCUCCUCCUCGGCUGCGCAGCCAUCAAAUGUGCGCUAUUGCUCGGCAUGCUGGUCCAAUACGCGCUACUCGUCGAGUUGCCUCUGCUCGUCUUUGCCGAUCUGGGAGUGUGGCAGACAUGGCACACGAGAGUACGAGCACGGGAUGCGCUCUUUCUGAUGGGAUUCCUCAGGCUCGGCUCAGAGGUGGUGAGCUUGCAAAGACGACAAGGACGGCAUUGGUCGAGCAAGCGGCCUGGACCAGCCGAUCUGAUCGCCUACAACGCUAGCUCGCUUGUCGACUUACUCUGGCUCGCCGCUGCUUUCGCGCCCUCUUACGUCGUCCCUGUCGUCUCAACGCCCGCAUCAGGCAAUCAGUCAAAAGUGCUCGGCUUCCAACGCACUACCUUACUCGGCGCACUGUGGAGAACGAGCUCAGUCCCUACGAGAACACCGUCAUCGCCUUUGCUUGAUCUGACGUCAUGUCAGACUAGCGCACGACGAGCAUUGUCAUUCUCGCCCGAGGCGACGACGUCGAACAAUCGCUGCUUGCUACGCUUUCCCGACUUUACAGAUGUGCGCGCCAAGCCCAAAACGGUCACUCAUAUCAUCGCAUUCAAGCACGAUGCGCCGAGUCGAUACAGCCCGACUGUCACUCUCCCCGUCAAGCUAGAAGCGUACCAAACUGUCUCGCUCGCAAAGAGCGUCUUUCAGAUCUGUCUGGCUCCCCUGCCCUGGCGGCAGGUUUCCGUCCGCCGCUUGGCGUCAGACGAGUCAAUUGAUCUUUCGGCAGCGAGAUGGGAAGAGUUAGCAGAUCGGUUGAGCACGCUCGCCAAGCUCAAGCGGGUAGGUAUCAGCGUCAGAGACAAGCAAGGCUUUGUAGAGUAUGCAUCCAAAGCCAAGCGGUGA